AUGAGAUCCCAAGUCACCGGAUUGACUGGCCUUUCCCCGAGGGGUGGAAAGAUGAGGGUGACCAUCCCCAGGAACCCUGGGACUGUGGCUGGAAUGGUGAUGGCUGUGUUUCUGGUGCUGAGGAUCCCCGAGGCUCACUGCAGAGAGGCUCCGAAGAAUUUCAUGUACCAGUUUAAAGGCAUGUGCUACUUUACCAAUGGGACGGAAUACGUGAGGCUUGUGGCCAGACAGAUCUACAACAAGGAAGAGAUCCUGCACUUUGACAGCGACCUGGGCAAGUUUGUGGCUAUUACAGAGCUGGGCCGGGUGUGUGCUGAGAUCUGAAACACCCAGAAGGACCUCCUGGCGGAGUUUCGGGCCUACGUGGAGACGCUGUGUAGACACAACUACAAGGAGACGGUCGGCUUCGCUGUCCAGAGGAGAGUGGAGCCUACAGUGAUGGUCUCUCCAGCCGGUACAGAGGCCCUGAACCUCCAUAAUCUGCUGGUCUGUUCAGUGACAAAUUUCUAUCCUCGCCAAGUUAAAGUCAAAUGGUUCCGGAAUCAAUAGGAGCAGAUAGCUGGAGUUGGGUUCACACCUCUUACUCAGAAUGGGGACUGGACCUACCAGAUUCACAUGAUGCUAGAGACAAUACCACAGCUUGGAGACGUCUAUGCUUGCCACAUGGACCACCCCAGCCUCCAGAGCCCCAUCACAGUAGAAUGGCGGGCACAGUCUGAAUCUGCCCAGAGCAAGAUGUGGAGCGGAAUUGGAGGUUUUGUGCUGGGGCUGAUCUUCCUUGGUGUGGGCCUUUUUGUCCACUUUUGGGAUAAGAGAGGUAAGGCACCUUGGGAGAAAAAGGGGAAGACAGGCACUAGGCUGAAAUGCCUCUGUUGA